AUGGACUGGUUUUCUGUGCCUGUGCUCCUAACGUGGCUUCUCUUGCAGGUGGUCUGGAGCCAGACUGCUCCAGAGACUACUGAAAUAGACGUAGAUGGAGGAAUUGAUCAAGACAUCUUUGACAUCAAUGAAGCUUUAGGACUAGACCUUUUUGAGGGAGACAUCAAACUUGAUGGGAUGCAGGAGCGAAACUCCAUCAUUGGUGACAACUAUCGGUGGCCCCACGUUAUCCCCUAUGUCCUUGAUGAUAGCCUGGAAAUUAAUGCUAAGGGGCUCAUCCUCAAGGCAUUUGAACAGUAUCGACUCAAAACCUGUAUUGAUUUCAAACCUUGGGAAGGAGAGAAGAAUUAUAUAUCUGUGUUCAAAGGAAGUGGUUGCUGGUCCUCAGUGGGAAACCGCCAAGUGGGCUUGCAGCAGCUCUCGAUCGGAGCCAACUGUGACAGGAUUGGGACCAUUGAGCACGAGUUCCUUCACGCGCUGGGCUUCUGGCACGAGCAGUCGCGGUCCGACCGGGAUGACUACGUGUCCAUCAUCUGGGACAGGAUUCAGUCUGGUAAAGAACAUAAUUUCAAUAAAUAUGAUGAUAAAACAUCAGACUCCCUGAAUGUUCCCUAUGACUAUACGUCUGUGAUGCACUAUAGCCAAACUGCAUUCAGGAAUGGGACUGAACCAACUAUUGUGACGAACAUACCAGACUUCAUGGAUGUAAUAGGGCAGCGGAUGGAUUUUAGCGAUUAUGAUCUCCAGAAACUGAAUCGACUGUACAAUUGCUCCUCCUCCCUAAGUUUCAUGGACACAUGCAGUUUUGAACUUGAAAAUAUUUGUGGCAUGAUUCAAAGUUCAGAUGAUAGCAGUGAUUGGCAGCGUUUGUCUCAGGUUCCUACUGGACCUCAUACUGAUCAUACUAACAUGGGAGAAUGUGAAGGUUCUGGCUACUUCAUGCAUUUCAAUACCAGUGCUGUCACACAGGGAAGCACGGCAUUCCUGGAGAGCCGAAUUCUGUAUCCCAAAAGAGGCUUUCAGUGCUUGCAAUUCUAUUUCUAUCACAGUGGAAAUGAAAGCGAUCUGCUCCAUGUCUGGGUCAGGGAGUAUUCUUCAGCCCAUCCAAAUGGUACUUUGAGAUUCAUUGAACAGAUAAAAGGUGCACCUGCAAAUUACUGGCAGCUCCAUCACGUUUCUUUGAAUGUCACAAGUAAAUUCCGGGUGGUGUUUGAAGGUGUGAGAGGAACUGGCUUGUCAAAUGGAGGCCUCUCUAUUGAUGACAUCAACUUGUCAGAAACACAGUGUCCUCACCACACCUGGCAUAUCAGAAACUUCACACAUCUCCUCAACACGAGUCCUGCAGGUCCAGCAGGAAGAAUAUACAGUCCACCUUUUUACUCUAGUAAAGGGUAUGCUUUUCAGGUCAGCUUGUAUGUAAAUGGUACUGCUGAUAACCCAUUUAAUUUAGCAAUGUACUUGCAUUUGAUUUCUGGAGCAAAUGAUGAUCAGUUGCAAUGGCCCUGUGCAUGGCAACAAGGUACCAUGAUUCUGCUUGACCAGCAUCCUGAUAUUCGUCAACGGAUGUCAAACCAAAGAAGUAUAACAACAGACCCUCUGAAAUUAUCAGAUUCUUCAUUAACUUAUGUUUGGGAUAGGCCAGAUAAAGUGGGAUUAACAGCUUCUUUUCCCAAUGGAACUACAUUCAUGAGAGGUCCAGGAAGUGGAAUAAGUGCAUUCUUAACUCAUCAGAGACUUAGAAGCCGCAACUUUAUUAAAGAAGACGGUAUUUAUAUUCUUUUAACAAUGGAAGAUAUAUCACAUCUAGUAUCAGCUCAGCCAAGUGUCUCACCAACCUUUGUCAUGAAUACUUCCACCACCACCACCACCACCAAGCCCACCACCACCACCACCACCACCACGCCCACCACCACCACCACCACCAAGACCACCACCACCACCACCACCAAGCCCACCACCACCACCACCACCACCACGCCCACCACCACCACCACCACCAAGCCCACCACCACCACCAAGCCCACCAUCACCACCACCAACAAGCUCACCACCACCACCAAGCCCACCACCACCACCACCACCAAGCCCACCACCACCACCACAGCUAAGCUUACCACCACCAAAACACCCAUCCCGACAGCCUCUGACACCCUGACCAAAGAGCCAGACAGAGAUACUCCAGAGCCCUGUCCAGACAACCCGUGUGAAAAUGACGGUGUCUGCGUUAUUGUAGAUAGAAAAGCAAUGUGCAGAUGUCCAGCAGGGGACAACUGGUGGUACAUGGGAGAAAAGUGUGAAAGGAAAGGCUCAACUCAAGAAAACACUAUAAUAGCUGUUUCUUCGACCAUAACUGUAUUCGUUGUUAUGCUUAUUGUCACUAUCACAACUGCGGUUUGCCUUAAAAAGAAAUACAGCAAAGGAAAGGAAAAAGUAGAGAGCCUGACUCUAGAAGAAGAAAAUAAAACAUCCUUCUGA